ACAGAAAGAGAGGAAUUUCACUUGAGGCGAGUAGUUAGAGAAAGUAAAGUAAAUGUAACGUGUUUUUUUCUUGUGACCGGUUGCGUUGGCAAGUUAGCUUAAAGCUGUGCAAUAGCUAUAAUUUAUUCUCGUUUUAGGUUCUGCUUGUGGAGAAAAACCAAAAAUUAAAAGACCAAUUUUGUUGUGUAAGAUAACUUUUUUUAAAAAUAAUAUUUAAUUUAAUUUACACUACAUUUAUUGCAUGCCAUAUGUUAUAAGCCAGAGUGAUUGCAUACAGUUUAAGCCUGAAUUGCUUAUAAUGUGUAGGUUUUUAUGUUAUUGCUUAAUGAUGUAGUGCCGAAAAAGUUUGUUAAAACUUUUUUCAUACAGUGGUAGAUGCUGAGCAUCGUGCGUGGCGGCAGACAGUUGACCCGGUUCAUCCCCUCCCUCGGCGCGGCCGCAGUCCAGCCAACCACUUACAGCUCAACCACGUCGGCCAUGAGCGGCGAGAAGUUCGGCAUCCCGGAGAGAUACCUCGGCUCCGAGAAGAGCGUCUGGGUUGAAUACAUUCAGUUGGCCUUGGAACACAACCCCCUGAAUCUCGGCCAAGGCUUCCCGGACUUUGCACCUCCAGAGUAUGUCACCAAAGCCAUCGCAGAUAUCGCACAGGGAGACAAUGUGCUGCUUCAUCAGUAUACGAGAGGUUUUGGUCACCCACGGCUGGUGAACGCACUGGCCAAGCUGUACUCCCGGCUGAUUGGCCGCCAGCUCAACCCCCUGACCGAGGUGAUCGUGACCGCGGGUGCGUACGAAGCCCUCUUCGCCACCAUCCUGGGGCACACGCACCCUGGAGACGAGGUGAUCGUCAUCGAGCCCUUCUUCGACUGCUACGUGCCCAUGGUGAAGGCGGGACAGGGCGUCCCGAGGUUCAUCGCCCUGAAGCCGAAGAAGACGAACGGUGUGAUAUCAUCGGCAGACUGGGUGCUGGACCCGGAUGAGUUGGCGAGCCUGUUCAACGCCAAGACCAAGGCAAUCAUCCUCAACACGCCGCACAACCCUCUGGGCAAAGUGUUCAGCCGGUCCGAGCUCGAGAUGAUCGCAGACUUGUGCAAGAAGUGGAAUGUCCUGUGCGUGGCAGACGAGGUGUACGAAUGGCUCGUUUACAAGCCAAAUGAGCAUAUCCGCAUUGCGACCCUGCCUGGCAUGUGGGAGAGGACCAUCACGAUUGGCUCGGCCGGCAAGACCUUCAGCGUGACGGGCUGGAAGAUGGGCUGGGCUUAUGGGCCGGCGGGGCUCAUCAGGAAUCUGCAGAUGGUUCACCAGAACUGCGUCUACACGUGUUCCACCAUCUUGCAGGAGGCGGUGGCCCAGGGCUUCGAACUGGAGCUGGAGCGCCUGGGCCGGCCCGAGAGCUACUUCACCAGCCUGGCGGAGGAGCUGCUGUCCAAGCGAGACUUCAUGGCCUCCUUCCUGUCGGACGUGGGCAUGGUGCCCACCAUACCUGAGGGGGGCUACUUCAUGGUCGCCGACUGGACCGCCCUGACGAGCAAGGUGCGGCUGGAGGAGGAGACGGACAGGAACAAGGACUACCGCUUCACCAAGUGGAUGACGAAGAACGUGAAGCUCCAGGGCAUUCCUCCCUCUGCGUUCUACAGCCCGGAGCACAGCCACCUGGGCGAGGACUACGUGCGGUACUGCUUCAUCAAGAAAGAUGAGAAUCUGAAGAAAGCAGCAGAAAUUUUGAAGAAAUGGAAAGAGAGUUCUUGAAGAAUGAGUUUAGUUCUCGAGACUGUUUCAAGUUGGUGCCAUUUCUCAUGUAAUGUUCGACGACAGCCAGGUCUCAAGGCAGGAUGUGCCGUGGAUGUAGCCACAGCUCGGUCAAGAAACCAGUUUACAUGCUCCACGCACGGAAACUACCUACAAAUUAAAAGAAAAAUAUUUUAAUGUAUUUUUGAAAUUAUGUAUUAUAUGCUCAUGUGUCGAUCAUCAAUUGGACUGCUGUUAGCAAUUGUGAUCUUGGUAAAUGCCAAAACAUAAAUAUUGAGAUUACAUCUUCUGUAUUGCCAGUAAGUUGUGUUUGAGUGGUUAAAAUUCUACCAGUCUGAUUUUAUGGUGAAAGGGUUUUCAAAUUUUCAGUUACCUCAGUUUGUGAUUUCGGCACCUUUGAAUCACUAUUGCUCAACACUGUCCAACUAUAUUUUUUUAAACAAAUACAUAUACGUACAUACAUACUAUUAAUGGGUUUAUUGGUUUAAGGCAGUCAUUGCUAGCAGGUUGUGGUAAUGUAAGUACUAAUUUACUUCAAUCUUUGAAGUUAAACGUAGUUUAUCUCAGUAUGAACACAUUUACUUGUGAGAAGAAUCUAUUUUAUUUAUAUUAUUUUCUACUUUCUUCAUCAAAUUGCUACCCAACUUGGAAUUCGGAAAAGUUACUUCAGGACUGAGGUACUGAAGGAGUAAGUACCCUUCUCAAUCGCUACAUAGAGGCGAUUGUGGUUUAAAAGCCAGUGGACUUAAAGUGGGCUUUAUCGCAAGAGGGAAAAUUGGUUGAAUUACCCAUAUGCUUACAUGUUUUAAAUUUUUUUUGGAUCAGUGUUACAUUGGUACCUGAUCUACAUUUUAAUUUUGAUACAUACAUCUUUAUGAAUUUGGUAGCUGUCCACUGAUGUUUACUGUUGUGGACUGUACAGUUGCUUAGAAAACUCUGAAAACAUGGAUAUUAGAAGUUAUUUGGUUAUCUUUUACUUGUUAUGUAUUAGUAAAAAAUUUUGAAUGUUGAGUAGCUAAGUGUAGAAAAGAUCCUAUAUCCCCACAAAAUAGUUAUUUAGGUUUUUCGUAAGAACUUUGUGAAGAAAGAUUUUAUAUUGAUAGACUGGUCUUAUUUACCUGAUUAGGUUUUUCUUAUGAGAAGUUUGUUUAGCUUUUCUCUUUUUAGAAAACGACAUACACAGUUUAAAAAGUCUUUUCAAUAUACAUACGUAUAUGGUAUUGAUAAAAUGGAUAAAAUGGCAGUAAUUGUUUUAGAAAAUUUUCUGAACCCAAGCAAAUAUUAUUUUAGAUUGCAUUUUUCUCCCUAGUAAUACUGAGAUUUCUGUAUUCCAACUUUUCCUCUCCUCGUUCUCACCACAAACUUGUUGCCCGACACAUACUAAUUUACUUAUUGCUGUUAUCUGUUGUACAUGCCACCGCUGUUUCUUUUAAGUACACAGGUAUUGUAAUGCUUAGUUUUGCAUAUUAACUUGCUUUCUUCUCCGGUGCUUCCAUGAAGAGAAAAAUCAAAGUCUUAAUAGAGGUAAUAGGAUAGCUGGUCUUCUCCUGUUAUUCAGGUUCUAAUUAUAAAAUAAGUACCGUACUUACAUAUGUUAGACAUAGCUUAAUUCUACAAUAUGAGACAUGCUAUGAAAUGCUUGCUUGCUAUUUGUUUAGUGUUUUGUCCUUAUUGUGUAGUAUUUUCAUUAACAUAGUAUGUACACAUUUUCUUAAUGGUGCUUACCGAACUUGCAAAAAUAUUAAUAAAAACUUAUUUUUCAUUUUGCUGAAUAAAUUAUUUUGAUUGUCACUUCAA